AGAGGUACACCGGAUUUUUGAUCUUGAGAGGUCUUGAGCAAGGCGAAGCAGACAAAACAUAAACGUAUGGACAUGAUGUUUGUUCUCGUCGUACGCAGCGGCGCGAGACGUAGACCCACCUGACCUGAGGCAGUAGUAGAGCUGCGACGCUUACUUCUGUUGCUGUUCUCACAUCAGCUGCUCUGGUGUUGGGCUUUGGACCACGUACGACCACACCACGACCGAACGUUCUCUGUCUGUCAGCAAGCCAUAUAGUAGCUGCUAACUACAAGAAGCGACCCACGACACCAAAACAUGCUGUCCCGUUUCCUGUCCAACAUCACGCAGCAGGAGCUGCCCAACUGGGUGUAUGAUGAGCAGAAAGAACCCGCUUUCUCUGUCGGUAUCUGGGACGUGUACGACGCAACGAAAAAGAACUGCCCCAACAACACCAAAGCCUCCGUUUGGGUCAGCACUAAUUCCGAGAACAAACAGUUCGCGCUGAACCAGGCGCUGGUUUUGAAACAGGUCCGACACCCGUAUGUGUUGAAGUUGUUGGAUACCAGCAGUAACUGCUCUUCGGGAGGUGGAUCCUCAUUCGGGAUGAAUGCUGGUGGUUCGUCUUCCAGUGCUGACAAUUUGUCUUCGAAAGCUGGUGCAAACAGUUCCUCGGCUGAUGCGUCGAAUUUCCGAGUGUUGAUUGUCACGGAGCAGGUGAGACCCCUCAUGAAACCUUUUCUCGAAAACAACGUGUGGGCACUGUUUCAAGUUACGAAAGCGCUGCAGUUUCUGAUCAACAACAGCAACAAAAACCACAAUUUGCUCGACCUCUUCUCCCUUUUCGUCACCGAGGAAUCCAACGACUGUCGGUUGGGCGGGUUCGAACUUUGCGCGAGCAACGACGGUGCUUACGAUAUUAAUAGCGAGUUGAUUUUGACGAAGCGACGGGGGAAUCACCAGCUGCGGGAAAACGGUCUGCUGAAUGUGUUUGAGUUGAACAGCAAUCAGCAUUUAGAUUUUUUGGGUCUCCACGCGAUUUUCAAAACCGCCGGGCUGUUCGACGACCUGAAUGCGACCGUCCGCCAAGCGCCGGCCAGUGUCGUCACGGAGUUGAAGAUAUCAAAUGUAAAAAUGUCUGGGUCUGGAAGAUUGCUACAUUUGUCAUGCAUGUCUGACAUGGCUCAAGAAUCUGUGAUGCAUGGGCACAAAGCUGUCCUCUUACCUGUCAUGCAAAAACGCAGUUUGCCAUGCGGAACACGCAACACAUAGGAGCCCAAAAAUUUGUCAUGCUUGGCUCCGUAUUGCAGUGGAACUCCCAUUCACUUUUAGCAUUACAAAUUUCCAGACCCAAACAUUUUUACAUUUGAUAGAAGAAUUUGGAACAAGAGAUGAAGACCACAAGAGCAGUGAGCGGGCGGCACGUAACAAAUGCGACAAAGACUCUGUUGCAGCGGGUUCUGGACUGCCAGUUUUUCAAGCAAAAUCCGGUGAUCCGCAUCAUGCAGUACCUGGAGGAAUUCCACGUCAAGGAGGCCGUCGAGAAGUACAAGUUUUUCGAAACCAUUUUACCGGCACAAUUGGACGCGAUCAAGAACGCAGCUAGUAAUGCGUCGUUUGCAUCUGGAGGGAAUUAUUCGUCAACUACACCUUCCGGCGGGGCGGGAAGUACUACCACCAAGACCUUCAACAUUUUCUCUCUAAUCCGCCCCCACAUUCUCCAGGCGCACAAGUUCUCCGCGCCGGAAUUAAAGCCGGUCGUUUUUCCGAUCAUGCUGCGCAUUUGCGAGGAAACCAGUGACAAACAGGAAUUCCAGCAGUACUGCCAACCGUUCAUCCUAGAGCAGUUCAAGGCGCCGGACCGGGCGAUUCGCUACAGGCUGUUGACCGCGCUGUUCGGAUACGUCUUCAAGAUGGAAGAGACGAUCGUGCGCACGACCAUCUUCGACAGUUUGCAGAACGGGUUCAACGACCAGAAUGCCAGCAUCCGCGAUAUGGCGCUCUCAACUGUUACACUCUCAACUGUUACAUGAUUUGUCAUGCAAAAUUGCUUUGACUAUCAACGCCAUCAAGCUGCUUCGCAUGACAAAUCCUCAGACGGCCAAACAGGCUGAGAAUCUGCGCCAAAUCUGUCACGCAAGAAGCGCAAGGCCCUUCCUUUCACUUUUGCCAUUCUUGCAUCACAAAUUCAUGUAACAGUUGAGAAUGUAACGUUUGAGAACGCCAUACGCGAAGCGACAGUGAAAGCGAUGGUGGUUCUGUGCAUGACGGACAACUAUCAAAUGCAAAUAUGUCUGGGUCUGGAAGGAUCCGAACUUGUGAUGCGCAUUUUAGAACACAGAAAGAUCUCUCAUGCAUAGGUAGCAAAAGCUGCCCACUUUCUGUCACCAAAAUGGCGGAUUUCUCAUGCGGGUUCGGCAUCGCGGAAGCUUCUCGAAACCUGUGAUGCUAGAGCUUCUACGCCAGACCUUCUUUGUCAUGCAAAAACAGCAUGACUCUUCCAGACCCAGACAUUUUUACAUUUGAUAACAACAGUAGACAAAGCCUAUCUUCCGACCCGGCGAGCCAGCCCACGACUAGCACACCCUUGAUCCCAAUCCAAACCAUCCAAGACAAGGUUAUCCAGGAAAAAACACCCAUCCCCAUCCAGUUUGUCAUGCAAAACGUGCAUUGUUUCCUGUGUUUGUCAUGCAAAAAAUGGAUGGGGAUGGGUGUUUUUUCCUGGAUAAAGGUCGCGAAACAGCUACAGCAAAGGCUAAGAGAUCCGGAACCCAGUUUGCGGACCAACGUGUGCAUCUGUUUCGGAAAGAUUGCGACGCUGAACGGGUUUGGGAACCCGGAACUGAAUCCCGGAAGCGAUUUACCGGUCACCUAUGAAAUGCAAAAGUAUCGUACUCGUAUAAAUGCUUUACAAAUUUUUCCUAGAAGAAAAGUGAAACUUGUCAUGCAGGUUCAGCUAAGAAAGCAGAUCUGUAAUGCUAGACUCGCAUUUAUACGAGUGCGAUACUUUUGUAAUGCAUAACACCAGCCGCAUUCUGAAAGCCGCAUUUUCCGUCUCGAUCAACGACAGUUUCAUGCCGUGUCGUAUCGUAUUUAAAAACGUCCCCAUCCUAUAGUUGUAAUGCAAAUCUGCAUGCUAGAAAUGUUUCUCAUGCGGAGCCCCAUGAGAAGCAUUUUCUAGUCGUGUUUUGCAAUUUGUCAUGCUCCAAUCAGCAUGAUAUACUAGAUCUGUGAUGCUGUUGAGCUAGCUCAAACAGUACUACAUUACGAGUCCAAAUUUCUCAUGCACGACAGCCAAAGCUUGUGGAUUUUUCUAGUCGAUUCGCCAUCUACUUGGCUAUAAUUGGGGUGGGGACGUUUUUACUCAGGAUAUGUCGGUUAGCGACGCUGCAAGCAGUGCGGGCGUGUUUGAAUUAUUUCACCAUGGUGGAUUUGUGCAACACGGUUUGCCCUCUCGUCGCAGCGAAAGUGAUUCUUUCACCCGUCGAGCAAAAUAAACCCGGAUUAAACACCGCCGUCACCCCUGCGGAACAGCAGGCGCAGCAAGAGGAGCAGAAGAAUAACGAAUUGGUCGCGCAACAGGUGUCGGAUCUGGCGAUGGAGGUUUUGCAGGCGGUCGUGUCGCAGAUUCAGAAGUUGAAGAGUGAGAUGGUGAGCAGCGUUGUAACCUCUACGACGUCGGGGUCGGGGUCGGCAAGUAGCGUUUCGCAGCCUGGGAACAGUACAGAUUCUAGGUCUGUUCCAGCUAGCAGGAAUUCAAAUUCCUCGUCUUCCGGCUGGGGCGGCUGGGCGUUCUCCAAGAUCGCAGAUUUGCAGGGAAGCAUUUCAACAACAUCGGGCGCGCCGGCGAAUAACAACAGCACACCAGGAGGUCUCACACCGACGACCUCUACAGCGAGUGUUGGUGGUGGUACGUCAAAUGCUCCUGGCGUGGUCGUGCCAGUCCCCGCGCCGCCACCGGCUCCACCGAUUUUAAACACAAUCAGUAGCGGUGGAACUACGCCGACUGGAGCAUCUUUUGGUGCUGGAGCUGCAACAUCAUUACCAUCAGCAUCAUUUUCCCAGCCGCCAAAAAUUAUAACCCCGGCAGUUCCACCUUCUAACACGACUACUUCCGCGGUGUUUCAACAACAAGCGCAAUCGAAAUCGAGGAAUCCCGUGCCCAAAUCCAUUUUUGGCUCCACGAAUUCCGCGGCCAAGAAAUUGGCGGAAGAGCAGGACGAAAUGCUCUUCGCGGAAUUAAAUUUGGGGAUGGAAUCGCCGGCGUCGCAAUUUUUGCCUCCGGGAAGAGGCUCGGGAACUAGUAGGGCCUCGGCCAACUCGCUGUUGAGCUUGCCGACUGUCGGUAACAAUCCAUCUUCUUCCGCGCCAGUGGGUUCCUCGACGAGUCCUCACAAAAACAGCAGCUUCGCGGCGGCCCCGAAGAUCAACAAUACAUCAACCCAGAUGUUGAAACAGCAGCUAUCGCCUCUCGGCUCCAAGAGCAAUUUGUCGAAGCAGAGCGACCCUUGGGGCGAUGACUUUUUUGGGGAUGAUUUCAUCCUGGAUAGUAGCGCAAGAACGACCCCAACGACAACUACCACGAAUAAAACGAAUAUCAUCCCAGCAGGGGCUCCUUCUCCGUCCUCUAGCUCUAGCCACCUCGUCGUGGUCCCUGCGAGUGCGAACAAUUAUAGCGCUAUCCACAGUAAAUUUCCUGUACAUGUACAAAUUCGGUUUCUGCAUGACAAAUUUUUCUUUUAAUUCUAUUCAGCAUGACAAGUGGCAUGCUCCAAGUUGGUGAAAUUUGUGAUGCAUUUUGUACAUGUACAGCAAAUUUGUAUUGCAUAAGCGCAAUGAGUAAUAAAGAUAAACCUCCAACGCCGAAAAGCAACUCUCGCCCGCCAUCAGUCCCCUCGUCGCCGAACUCGUCCAAGCAGAGCACGGGUAGUCCAAAACAGGGCCCGAGUGCGAUGUUUGCGAAAUUGGAGAAGCCACCGCCGCGAAAGGAACCGGUGCCCUUGAAAAAGGCGGAAGAAUUGAAAAAAGAAGCGGAGGACGCGUUUUGGGACGAAUUUGACUGAUAGAAUGAAGGAGAAGUUUGUAGCUUCUAUAGAUCAUAUACGACCUACGAGGAACAGGAACGAACACAUUUCGAAUUCUUUUGCAAUCACGAAAAAGAAUGCGUUUGCAGCCUAUGUAGUUGGUGAAGAUGUGUACACUAUGAGUAUGAUUCGCAGUACUACCACGACGAGCACGAACAAAUGUGGACAAUACACGUAAGCAUGAGAUCGAACUUGAAACCCGCAAAAGCAAACUCACGGAGAAAAGUCGUGGCGCGGUUUUAGAUACUGUAGAAAGGUCCUCGUCGACUAGUUACGUCCGAAUCUGUUCAACACAGCUUGUAGA